AUGUCGAAUGCCAUCGCAAAUGUGGCAAGACUGGCCACUGAUGAGCCAAUGCUCCAGAUCACUGAGCUCGAGCAAAGAGCUGUGACGACUCACAAUGGCAGACUGGCCACUGAGUUGAGUGGAGCCACACAGCGCAUGUCACUGGCAAGUCAGGUGCCUGAAGUGACAAUGGCGAACUGGCCCUUCAAUGUCAGUGAGAGGCCACUGGAUCAUAUCCAGGUUGAACGGCCGCCGGUACUGUUCCAUGGAGGAACUGUCAGGUGGUACUGGGUGUCAAAUGCUGAGUAUCCAACUGUCGAAGGCUACCCCAACCACUGGCAAAGCUUCGCUGAUCUGCGACUGCUGCUCGCAAAGGAACUGGCCAAACUGCGCGAUCUGGUGCAGAGAGCGGCAGAUGAGAAGGAGCUACUGGAGUGCACUGUGCAGGAAGUGCUCACAUCAUGUGGAAUGCACUGCUUCUUCGCUGCGCAGACUGAUGGGACUGAGAGGGUCAGACUGCCUCCAGCUGUCCUCAACCUCCUGUAUGACUGCACUGAUCUGCUGAUGGAUGCUGUUCCAGAAACUGUGGAUCUCUUUCCAUUUGUCAACUGGAGCAGCGAGUAUACGAGGGAGGAAGCUGCACUGUUUGGCAGACUGACAAGUGAGAAUGGUCACCCAACGAGUGUCUUGGAGACACUGGUGGCCAAGCACUGCUGGAUCUGCCUACGCACUGAAGAUGCGGAGACAUUGCUCACGACUGGGCAAUUCUCACUGCAUGGGAUUUACGCUGGACAGUUCAAUCUGUCGAUGAGUGCUCGAGCCGCACUGUGGCGCCGUGGACUGUGGCAGACACAGACCGAGGAGUCCACUGACACUGCUGAGCAGACGUGGACACUGGUGGCGUUUCGGUUCACCACUGUGCAUUUCAUCGAUCUGGUCACUGAAGGCACACUGCGGUUUUUCAAUCGCAGGUACAGUGAUUACAUCGUGACCACUGACCCCGGGCUCACUGAGGUGCCGUUCACACUGAAUGCGCAAGAGCGAGUGUCCGUUCGUCGUUGGACACUGGUCGACUGGGAGCCGAAGGAUCUCUUUGCUCGGUCGACUGCCGCUGACUGGCAUCGCAACUGUCGCCACAUCGUCAUCGGGGCGACUGUUUGGACUGAGGCAACUGCCAUCCAGCUGGGAGAGUUCAUCACUGAUGAGGACCAGCCCACUGGCACAUGGAGGCCAGGAUUCACUGGUGGUGACAAGGCACAGGCCACUGCUCUGACCACUGUGGUCACUGGCCUGAGGCGAGCCAUUGGGACUGACCACCAAGUCUCAAUCACUGUCUCGCCAGCCGAGUGA